AGCAGCGCAGGCGGGAACGGGCGGGCGGCGGCUGAGGGGAGUGAGGCGGCUGCGGGCCGGGCCGGACCGGACGAGGUUGGGGCCUCGGCUCUACCCCUCGUCUUCCUGACUGGAACCCAGCUCUUCCUGCCUGGAAACCUGGUGUGUUCGGCCGCAGGGAGAUGGAAGCUGCGGGCCAGGCUCAGGGCGGAGCCGUGAGGGAGCUGAGACUACACCUAGUUACCUGGAAUGUGGGCACAGCCUCUCCACCUCCUGAUGUCACUAGCUUGCUUCAGCUCAAUUCAGAGGGCCCAGCUAUGGAUAUGUAUGUUAUUGGCUUACAGGAGGUGAACUCAAGAAUCACAAAUUUUCUGUCUGACUUGGCAUUUGAUGAUCCAUGGAGUAUUUUUUUCAUGACUGUAUUGUCUCCCUUGGGCUAUAUCAAGCUCUCCUCCAUUCGCAUGCAGGGAUUGCUGCUUCUGAUCUUUGUGAAGCACGUCCACCUGCCUUUCAUACGGGAUGUUCACACCCACUACACACGCACGGGCCUCUAUGGAUACUGGGGGAACAAAGGAGGAGUCACUGUUCGAAUGUCCCUCUAUGGUUAUACAAUUUGUUUCAUGAACUGCCACUUACCAGCUCACAUGGAGAACACAGAGCAGCGACUGGAUGACUUUGAGAAGAUUUUGGAAAUGCAGUUUGAAGGAGAGAAUAUUCCAAGUACUUUGGACCAUGAUGUUCUUUUCUGGUUUGGAGACCUGAACUUCAGGAUAGCAGACUAUGGCAUACAUUUUGUCAGAGAAUCAAUAAAUAAAGAGCAUUACAAUCUGCUAUGGGAAAAGGACCAGUUAAAUAUGGCAAAAAAGAAGGAGGCAUUUCUUCAGGAAUUCAUAGAGGGUCCUCUACAGUUUAAACCCACCUACAAGUUUGACCUGUAUUCAGAAGUAUAUGACACAAGUGAAAAGAAAAGAAAGCCAGCAUGGACUGAUAGAAUUCUUUGGAGAGUAAAAAAUCUCUGCCAGCAUGCAUCAAAGGAAGGCGAAUUCUCUGAAGAAGAACAGACAAUUUCUGUUACAUUGAAUAACUAUAGGAGUCACAUGAACUACGGCAUCAGCGAUCACAAGCCUGUUUCGGGAACUUUUGGGCUUGAGUUGAAGCCUCUUGUGUCAGAUCCUUUCAUCACACUGAAUCCUGAGGGUGAGUGGAGCUCAGAGCAUGAUGUUCUCAUCAGAUAUUCUGCAGUGCCUGAAUUCCCAAGUAGUGCCUGGGACUGGAUUGGACUCUUUAAGGUAGCUUUCAGGCAUGUGAAUGACUAUGUUACUUAUGCUUGGGUGGAAGAUGAUGAAAUUUCUUCUAACAAAGACAGUAAACAAGUUUACAUGAGUGCUGCAGAAAUACCUGAUACGGGAGGAGAAUUUUUGCUUUGCUAUUACAGCAAUAAUUUUCAGUCAAUAGUUGGUGUCAGCCAGCCUUUUCAGAUUCAGCCUAACAGAACAGUAAUAGAAAAAGAUCUGACACAGGAAGACAACAGUUGGAUGCAGAAACCUGACAAUCUGGAACCACAUAAUGACUUCUGAAGGCAGAAAGGGCAUUUAAUGGUCCUAAGUCAGGAGUCAUAUGAUUCUUUAUGUCUUAGUUAUUGCAAACUUUUACUCUUAGAAGAUGGAGUAGGAUAGUGCAAAUAAGACAGGUAGGAUUGCUCAGAAACAUUGUAAGCUCACAGAACAUAAUUUAUUGUGGAAACAGGUAUUUUUAUUGUUACAGGGAGAGUAACUCUCUUGCACUGGCUGAAAAGUGUUAAAUAGCAUCUAGUGAAUGCUGUAUGUUUUAAGGUGAUAGACAUUUCUAACCCAAUGAUUUAACCUAAGAUGCAAUCUGUAAUAGAUUUUUAGGCUUGCUCCUUUAUUUGUAAAGGAUAUAUUAUUUACAAUGCCAUAUUUACUGUGCUAUAAAUACUUAAGAACCAACUUCCAAAUGUUGACUUUAAGUUGAAGUUAUUUUAAAAAUUAUUUAUUAGAUACAGCUAAUCAGCUUGUUUUGAAAUUCUUGUUUGACUUCCAAAUGUAAUCUAGUUGAAACAUGUGGCAGUAGGUCACAUGAAAACAAAUUGUUUCAUAGAAUCAUUUUGGUUGGAAAAGACCUUUAAGAUCUUGAAGUUCUUCUUUGGUAGUAGAUUCCUUGUUUUCAUGGCUCAGCAUUAACCAGGAUCCCAUAAUUUUUGAAAUCAAUUCCUUAGCAUAGGUGAGCAAAGCAUACAUGAAGUACUAGUGAUCAUGGCAGUAACCCCAAUUGUUUUCUGUUGUCAUAUUGAAUCUAGAAAGCUAAAGCCCAAUUUAAAUACUUCCCUGAUACCAUUCUGCCACAUGAUUACUCCACUAAUUACAGAGAUGAUGAUAAUUGUAGAUAGGGAAAUUCAGUGGAGCAGAUUCUUUCUUAUGGCAUAAUCUGUGCUCCCAAAAUUGUAAAUAUCUCCAAUUUAUAGCAACUGCUUAUGAAAAUUUCUGUUUUUCUAGAAGUACUUAGACCUUAAUGUAUCCUGUGCACUUAACAGUGGAGAUGGAAUAAGAAACAGUAUGUAUUUUUUAAAAUCUGAAAGGCAGCUAGCUUCAGAAACAGUUUGAUUUCUUGAUGAGGAAAUGGAAAUGAUUGGAAAGGAUUGGAAGGAGGCACCAAGAUUCCACAGAAUCUCAGACUGCAUUGCCAGAAAGAGCACUUGUCAGUCUCCCAUGUUCUAGAUACACAGCUUUGAGCUACCUGCUGUGUAUGGUAAGUAAAGUUAGUUACUAAUCAUUGUAAUGUUGGCUAUGGUGGAAAAGAGAAAAUUUGGUUCAGGUGGGAAGAGCAAAGCAAAAGAUGAAAAGAUGUUGGUGUUUUUAUGCUGGAAUAUUGCAUUAGAACUGAAUGGAUUCUUUUUUUCUCUUUUUCUCAAAGCCUUAGUUUUUCUAGGAUUAUUUUGACAUAGAAAGUGACUACCUUGAUAUGGCUUUUUUUUUUUUUUCAGGUACUUGCUUGUAUUAUUCACUAUAUAAAUGUGGGAUCCAGGCAUCUUUGUAUACUGAGGAAACUAAACAUAGGUCAAUGCUUGGUGUUUGGAACUGUUUCCAGUUGUAAACAGUGAGGGUGGGGUCAGAGGAUACUGUGUUCAUUACACAGAUUAAAACUGCCUUGAGAUUUACAGUUUGUACAUUCCUGUUUGUUACACUUUGGAACAACAUUAGAAACACUUCUCACAUUUGUACCAGUCUUGCAAUAAUUUAUUUUGCACUGAAUCUUUCAGAUACAUGACUUUUCGUGGCAGUUAGGGCAUGAGACCAAUCCUUACUAAAUUACAGGGAGCUGGCUGCUCUUGAGUUGUACUCUUUUUGUGCUUUUACUUCUGUAACUGUAUUACCAUACUCCAUGCAAGGAGACUCUAUGGAAAAGUCAAAGAAGAGUGGUCUUUGAAUUCCAGACCACAGCUGGCGACUUGUGGACCAAGAUCCAGUUUCUUACCCGGGUGGACCUGCUGUUCCUCAGCAGCUCAGAGGGGGAGCCAAAGAGCCGCUUUUCAGAGGCAAGAAACUCAAGAUAGUUAACACUGUGGGAGAGCUGAUAAACCUCUCAAUCACUGGACGUAGAAGCUGCAAUUCUUAAACUAAUCCUUUGAACUACAGCACUUAACUGAAAAUGCCCACGGCAGCUCUGAUUCAAUCUGCUUGUGUGUCAGUAGGAUGCAGCACAGAACUGUGUACUUCUUUCUUAAGUAUUCUGCACACAGUAGCACUUUUGUUUACUACUGUUACCUACGGUAGCUUUUCAGACUAUUCCAUGACUUGUUAUGAAGCAAUUUCUGAUGAAAUUAUCUUUCAUAAGGCACCUUUAAUGGGAUGUUAUAAUCACUGGAAAUGUUUUUAUACUCGUGUUUUCUUUAUGUACCUCUAAAAUAAAUCCUGGCAGUGAA